AUGAUAGUUUCAUCCAAUCGUGAAGGAAAAUUUUUAACUCAAGUAUCGGCAGGGAUUCUUGAAGCAUUAAAUAAAACAGAAGAAGAGCAUUGCAACAUUUCAAUAACGAUUUGUGAGGUUUCGGGUCGAAAUGAUAGUGAAAUUUUGCAAUUAUCAUCACUGAAACGAUUCAAUUGCAGAAGGUACACGUUGCUGUUAGAAGAUGAUGCUAUUCCGAUUGUGAAUUUUUUCUCUUUACUUCGAACAGUUUUACAUCAAAUGGACGAUAAACCACAUAUCGAUUAUGUUAAAUUAUUUCAUCCCAUUAAUCUGCGCAAAAUCCCUUAUUAUUUUCAGAUAUUCGUCGACAUUCGUUUUGCAAUCACAGGAUCAGUUUAUUUGACUGAAUCGGAGUCAUGCUGUACACCAGCCGUUGUAUAUCGUAAUUCAAGAAUACCAGAUAUGAUUAGCUAUUUUAUCAAAAAUAGAGAUAAAAAUGAAGCAAAGGAUACAAUCCUUGAUAAUUCACCAUUUAAAUCUAGAAUGUCAGAUACAAAUCUUGUUAUUCAUAUUGGUUUUAUCAGUGCUAUCGGAAAGAAUAUUAUCAAUCUUGAUGCGUUCAAGCAACUCCAGCAGAACCAUCUUGGUCUUUCAUCAAACACGAAAAGUAUUGGAGUACAGCAAAGCUCUAAUGAAGAUCUAUAA